AUGGACGCGGUGUGGACCGCGCCCGCGUCGCGCGCGGCGAUCGCGCGCGCGGCGCAGACGCGGAAGAGCGCGUCGCGAUCGGCCUCGGGCGGCGCCGCGGCGUCGAGCGGGACGUCGACGCGCGGGCGCGAUCGAGUCGCGCGCGUCGCGCGCGCGAGAUUUGGAUCGAUGCGGUGCGAGCGGUUCGUCGCGGUGGCGUCCGUGGGGUCGGAGAGCGCGGUGACGCGAGCGCCGAGACCGGCGUACGUUCCGGGGGUUAUCUCGGACCCGAAGUACGUGCGCGUGUUCGACACGACGCUGCGCGACGGUGAACAGAGCCCGGGAGCGACGCUGACGAGUCGCGAGAAGCUGGAUAUCGCGACGUCGCUGGCGAAGCUCGGUGUGGACGUCAUCGAGGCCGGGUUUCCGAUCGCGAGUCCGGACGAUCUGGAGGCGGUGCGAGGCAUCGCGAAAAAGGUUGGCAACGAGGUGUACGAGGAUGGAUACGUGCCGGUUAUUUGCGGGUUAUCGCGAGCGAAUAAGAAGGAUAUCGACGCGGCGUGGGAGGGCGUUCGUCACGCGCUGCGACCGCGCAUUCACACCUUCAUCGCGACGAGCCAGAUCCACAUGGACUACAAGCUGCGCAAAACCCCAGAUGAGGUGGUGCAAAUCGCCGUGGACGCCGUCAAGUACGCUCGAUCGCUCGGGUGCGAGGACGUGGAGUUCUCGCCGGAAGAUGCGGGUAGAUCCGAUCCUCAGUUCUUGUACCGCAUCCUGAACGCCGUGGUCGAGGCGGGGGCGACGACGUUGAACAUUCCGGACACGGUCGGGAUUUGUUUGCCGGAUGAGUUUGGGACGCUCAUCAAGGGCAUUAAGGAGAACGUGAAGGGUGCGGGGGAGACUGUGGUCAUCUCUACACACUGUCAAAAUGAUUUAGGUCUUUCCACGGCGAACUCUUUGGCGGGCGUCGCCAACGGUGCGCGCCAGGUUGAGUGCACCAUCAACGGCAUCGGAGAGCGUGCGGGUAACGCGUCGUUGGAAGAAGUCACUAUGGCCAUCUUCAUGCGUGGACAAGAGCGAUUGAUGGGUGCCUAUACGGGUAUCAAUCCGGUGUACAUCUACCCGUCGUCUCAGAUGGUGAAGAAUUUCAGUGGUAUGGCCAUUCAGCCGCACAAGGCGAUUGUUGGCGCGAAUGCAUUCGCUCACGAAUCCGGCAUCCACCAAGACGGUAUGCUCAAGAAUAAGCUCACGUACGAAAUUAUCGCUCCGGAGCAAAUCGGUUAUUUCCGAGGCGAGGACGAGUGCGGCGUAGUGAUGGGUAAGCACUCCGGCCGCCACGCCUUGUCUUCCAAGUUGAAGCAACUCGGCGUGCCGAUGGAGGGUGCGGCGCUCGAUGAAGUCUUCAACCGCUUCAAGCUCGUCGCAGAGACGAAACUCGGUGGGGUGAACGACGACGAAUUGUUGGCAAUCGUGCGUGACGGUGAAUCCGUCCAAGAUCCGGCGUGGUCUUUGGAAACCGUUCAAGUCGUGUGCGGCACCACCGGUUUGCCCACGGCGACGGUGAGGAUGAACAACAGAGAUGGCACUCAACACAUCUCCGCCGUGGUCGGCACCGGUCCGGUCGACGCCGCGUUCAAGGCCAUCGAUGCGCUGGUUGGUUUGGACGUCGUACUCACCGAGUACCGAGUCACCGCGGUGACUAAGGGUAUUAACUCGAUGGCGGAGACUACCAUCACCAUCAAGCCAAAGGAGGGCGUGGAACAAAAGCUCGGCACGGAUGUCUACAAAACCAACGUCCAAACGGGCGAGAAGACCAUGCGCGCGUUCACGGCUACCGGUGCAGACACGGAUAUCGUCGUCUCGUCUGCGCGUGCCUACGUCAUCGCGCUCAACCGUAUGGUUGAGUACGUCGCCAAGGCGUACGUACACGCCGAACCCGUCAGCCGAUGA